AUGACAGUAGGGAUGGCCGGAAUGAGAUUAGGGAUGGGCGGAACAAGAGUAGGUCGCAGCUACGUCGCGAAAUCUUCGCCACACUUCGGCAUCCUCGCCGCAUCCCGCCUGCCCGUCGCAACGCCACGUGAGCAGCCCAUUCGUCACGCUGCAGCCUCGCUGCCACCUCGCCGUAUCGCGAACGUCGCUCCCUACGCGCCACGCCACCUCAACUAUCAGUUACUGAGGGAGAUGGGAGCACUUGAAGUGGGCGAGGACCGUGACUUUGCAGGGCUGGGAAGCAGAGACGGAGUGGAGCAGUGGCUCCGCACG